GUGGGGGAGUGGAUACUGGAGUCAUUUCUGUUCUCUUUAAAACUACUUGUGAGCACGGAACCCGUGCUGGAGUUUAGCCCCAGGUCUCCACAUCUCCGCGCCUUAACAGGAUUACCGCGGCCACUCAAAGACACCGAGCACACGGGUCGGAGGGAGGCUUCGGAAAGUGCAGCUUCAUUAAGUGGAGAAAGUUUUGGACUACGCGCGUGUGUUUUCGCUGUGGGUGAAUGUAAACCGAUCCCGCUUGAGUCUAACUAUGGUCCGGGGACUGUCUGUGGGAUUUCCACGGAGUUAUGGAGCAGCUUCUCAAACUUGUGCGCUGAUUGUGAUCGCUCUCGCGGCACACUGAGCGCUGGCUGCAUGUAGCCAGUAUAGCGGGCUCCGGGGCUCUUUAACGCCGCAUAUGCGUGACUCUGUGGGUUCUGUCUAAUGCUGUCGGACACCCAUCACACUGCGAGCCCCCACGGCGCGAUCUGUGCGCGCCGUGCACACAGGCAGAGCGUGGGGCGACAGGUCUAAUCCAUGUGGAGGACUGUGUAGGUUGUCUAUGUUCAAGACGAAACGUGCGUCUCUUGUACGGCGACUCUGGAGAAGCCGUGUGGUCAGCGACAGCGGCGCGCGGGAUGGAGCCUCGCAGGCUGAUGGCACGCGCGGCGGACCAUAUGGAGAACGGCGGCUGGUGACCCACGCGGAACCGGGGCAUGUGACGGAGUACGGCGACAGGGACGACGAGGAGCAAGAAGACGAUCGAGGUGCCAUGUGCGUUCAGCGGCGCGUAACGUGCUGCCUGUUAGGGGACUGCUGCCUACGGACUCCCACACAAGACGAGGCCGGACCGGAGUGCGCUGAGCAGGGCCUGGUCGGUGCCACACAUGGGUUCCUCAAAAGACUCACGGAGCAGAGUCUGGAUACCUUACUGCGGGCCGUGGAAAGUAGGGGGGGCGCGCCCGGGGAGUGCGUGCUGGUGCCCGACCUGGACCUUCGGUUGGGGCCGCAGCUUGGCUCCCCGCAGUUUGUCACGUGCAGAACGUUCAGGUGGAGCGACCUGCAGCCUUCGGAGAGGCUCAAAGCGCUGUGCUUCUGUCAGAGCCACGGGGACGCGCACGGCACCAAGGUGUGCUGCAACCCGUACCACUACAGCCGAGUGUGCGCGCCAGAUUCCCCUCCUCCCCCGUACUCCCUGGCGCAUUCACAAGAACACAAGGCUGCACUGGACACCCAAACAGUGCCUGCUCCCCUCACUGGACCGCUCCAGCUCACACCAACAGACGGCACAGACACUGGCACCUCGGUGGGCUCUUCCACAGGCAGCCUGAGCUCUCACUGGUGCAGCGUGGCGUACUGGGAGCAGCGCACUCGUGUGGGUCGUCUGUACCCGGCCCAUGACCCUGCUCUCAGUAUCUUCUACCACCUACCUCAGGGCACGGGGCUGUGCCUGGACCAGCUCCAUGCCAAUGCCUACCACAGCCGCUGCGGAGACCCAGGGGGCCAUCAGCACCCAUCAGGGGGAGGGAGCAGCUCCGCGCAGCAGAGCCGCAGGAAGAUUGGCUUCGGGAUCCUUCUGAGUCAGGAGGAUGAUGGGGUGUGGGUGUACAACCGCAGUCAGCACCCCAUCUUUGUGCACUCACCCACUCUGGAGGCACCGGGCACCCGCGGACUCCCUGUGGAGCGGGUGCUGCCCGGGUACUCCCUCAGAGUGUUUGACUAUGAGCGCUCCAGCUGGAUGGCACAGCAUGGAGUCAAGCCUGACGUCCAGGAGGGCCCUUGGGACCCGCACAGUAUCCGUAUCAGCUUUGGGAAGGGUUGGGGCCCCUGCUACUCCAGACAGUUCAUCACCUCAUGCCCUUGUUGGCUAGAGGUGCUGCUCAACACCCAUAGAUAGCACCCACUCAGCCUCUGCACAGCCUUGUUCUCACUGGACUGCAGUACAGGGGCGGGGCCAUCUACAUAGGUAGAUCACAUAUCUACAGUUAUUCUGCAACACAGUGAUGGUGGGUGAUCUAUCACUCUCAGGUCUACACAGGAAGUUUAGCCUCUUUCAAGCUAAAUCACAAGGCAAAAGGGAAAGUUGACUUCAGUUCAUCUGAAGACUGUAAACCAAGUUUCAGUCUGAUCCCAGUUCGUCAAUGACAGAGAUCAUUAUUAGUCUUUGUUCAUUUUGAUAUUUUAAUACAACACUGUGAGGUCGCUCAGAUGGCACAGGCUGAGUUUGCUCAGAUGGCACAGGCUCUGGACCUCCUACUUUAGGCCUUUUGUAAUGCUGUUGUUUGGAACUCCCUGCAUUUGACACAAGCUAAACUAGACUGUAAACAUUGAGUCCAUAAGACUAUCUUUACCUGUCUGUACCUGAACCAAACCAGGUCAUAUGACCACCUGUACUAUAUGCAACCCACUGACAACAAGGCUCAGUAUGUAUCAGAUUUAAUAUAAAGCUUCUAUUAUAUAAAGUAUAUUAUACAUGUAAAUACUUGAGUCCUUUUUACAAUGCAAUUAUUUAUGUCUAGUGUCAUAUGUAUAUGGACAUUAAAGGAACAUCAAGAAGCACUUUGGAUUCCAUAUGCACCAGGAUCGGCAAAGAGCAUCCACCAAUCAAAGGGUCUCAUUCAGCAAUUCCAUGAAACGAUGCCAUACAUUUGUCAAUAAAAUAUUUGUUAUAAAU